AUGUGGGUAUUUAUGGGAUUGGCUGUGAUUUGUGGAAUAGCGUUUCCGCUGUUAAUUCUCGUCAACUGCAAGAUCGACAGAUUCAUCAACUUCAUCCAGGUUGUCUUCGGAAAGGUUCCAAAAGUAAAGAGGCCGCAUUGGAACAACAUGGAAGCCAACGAACACAUUCACCGAAACAGUACUACUUUGGCGGUGCUACCGUCUCACCAAUACAAUUUCUUCCGAGAAGGCGCGAGCUCGAGAAUCAUUCCAAAUUCAAAUGCCCACCUGUAA